AAGCUUCGAUUCUUUCACUCUCUCUCUUCAAUUCUCUCUGCUUCCUCUGUUACAGUUAGCACACCUCUCUCUCCCUCUCAACCCUUCAAGGCCUCGUCACCUCCACCUUCAUCAUCAUCAAAGGCUUUGGUGACGAGCGACUGUUUCAAAUUGUACUACAAGGGUUUGCUGAGGGAGGAAACCUUUGAUAUUUGGGGGGGGAGGAAGGUGGGGGGGAAGAAGGUGGUGGUGGUUGGAGCUGGAGUUGCCAUCUGUGAUCGCAGGGACAACUUGAUAUUCGAAAGUAGGAAGAAUCUCAAAAGUUUAAUCAUUUUGCUGUGUGGAGCAGGAAAACAGCUGAGCUUUUGGCUCUCACUUUGAAGUUGAAAAGGGUCAUAUAUUUUGUGAUGAUUAUCUGAUUUACCAAUAUGUCAUGAGCACACUUCCUGGAAGCAGUGAGAUUUCGGCAUUCGUCAAUCAAGUGACUCGUUUGGAAAGAACCUUUGCAUAUUGCAGCUUGUGUUUAGUGGUGGCAUUAAGUUUGCUUCGAAACUUGCAAUUUGAAACUAUAGCUUCUCAGAGCACCUCCCCUGCAGCAACUUGCAAAGCCAUGAGUGUGAAGGAGACUUGUUUGAUUUGCUUUGAAGACAAUCCUAUUGCUGGAAUGUUUUCAAUUGGUACUUGUCAUCACAAAUAUUGCUUGUCUUGUAUGAAACAUCAUGUGAAAGUGCAAUUGCAAAGCGGGAUUGUGGCACAAUGCCCUCAUAAAGACUGUAAGUGUGAAGUGAAUACUGAAACCUGUAAAAAAUUCUUGUCACCUGAACUUGCUGACAUUAUGAUCGAACGAAUCAAGGAAUCUUCUAUUCCUGUUACGGAGAAAGUGUACUGCACAUUUCCGAGGUGUUCUGCGUUGAUGUCGAAACAGGAAGUCUUGGAACAUACCAAGACUUCUUUUGCUAGUGAGGGAGGCAGGAAGUGCAUGAAAUGCCAUCAGUAUUUUUGUAUCAAUUGCAGGGUGCCUUGGCACUAUGAUAUGAGCUGCUAUGAUUACCAAAGAUCAGAAACCUAUUCCCGCUCGGAAGACCAAUUGGUAAAGUCCCUUGCAAUGAAGAAACUAUGGCGCCAGUGCUCGAAAUGCAAACAUAUGGUUGAACUUGAUUGUGGUUGCUACCACAUCAUUUGCAGAUGUGGACAUCAGUUUUGCUAUACUUGUGGAGCUGAAUGGAAGAACAAUAGAGCAACAUGUUCCUGCCCACUCUGGGACGAGCAUUACAUUAUACGGCCAUAACGAUUGGGACUAUAGUGUAACAUUAUAUAUGAACCGCCCGUUAUCAAAUUACGUACACAUUUUACAACUAAAACAGA